UGCUGCUGUGCUAUUGCCCAGUGCGUGCAGAUUGUUCUCGGGUUUGAUGGCUUCGGGGAAAUUUAAUUUCUGCUUUUCAAGCUCAGUUCGGUGUUUCGGGACUUACUAAAGAAGCUUUCAAUUUAUUAUUUGACACGUCUGCUGCAGACCUCUGACUUCUUCCCAAUAACUUGAAGAGGUGCCAAAGAAGUGCGUGCGGACAACCAAGCAGUGCGCGUUUUCCCUCUGUCUCUCUGAGUCAAGUAUUUGGAUUUGGCAAAUCAAAGUAUUUCAACCAUUUUUAUAGCUGGUUGGUUUUACUUUCUUUCAUUUUGUGUUAUUAUAUUUUUCUUAUUAAUAAAAACACUCUUAGCCACUUGCAUGGGAUUACGACAUCUCAUCAAUGAAGUCCGGCAUCAGUUUUAAACAGACCGUUCUCUUUUAGAAGAACAAGCAGGUGACCGACGAAUUUAAGAUGACAAAUUUGAUUGUUUUUAUUCUGUCAUUAUCAACGUGUCUGUCUGUGGUGAGUGGAAGACAUCCAACAUGUAACUUCCUCCUGGAGCUUGAAACAGACCAGGAAGAAUGUCUUGUGAAGCUGAGGGACCAAGAAUCUUCAAAUUACUCCAAAGGAGUAGGAUGCAAAGCGAUCUGGGAUAACAUAGCAUGUUGGGACCGUGCAGAGGUUGGAGAGACUGUCACUAGAGAGUGCCCCAGGGUGCUCAAGAUGUUCUUUGGCAGAAAUGGAAACAUAAGCAAGAACUGUACAGCGGACGGAUGGUCUGAUGUUUUUCCCAACAUCACCAGUGUGUGUGGGGCAGAGGAAAAGCAUGAUAAGCUGCUCUUCUUUAUGGUGGUGAAGACGUUAUAUACGCUGGGCCACAGUUUGUCUUUGAUCGCCCUCACAACUGGGAGCGCCAUCCUCUGUCUAUUCAGAAAACUCCAUUGCACGCGGAACUACAUUCACCUCAACCUUUUCUUUUCCUUCAUCCUGAGAGCGGUGGCAGUUCUUGUGAAGGACGACAUCCUCUUCUCUCGCAAUCAGUGCUCUGAGCAGCCUUCACUGAUUGGAUGCAAGGCGAGCCUGGUGAUUUUUCAAUACUUUAUCAUGGCCAACUUCUUCUGGUUGCUGGUCGAGGGCCUUUACCUCCAUACGCUCCUGAUAGUCAUCUUCUCUGAAAAUAGACACUUCAUCGUUUAUCUUCUCAUCGGCUGGGGAAUCCCAACCGUGUUUGUUUCUGCAUGGGCUAUUACAAGGGUUUAUUUUGAGGAUACUGGAUGCUGGGAACAGAAUGAUAACCCAAUCCCCAAGUGGGUGAUCAAUGUACCCAUAGGCUUCUCCAUCAUGGUGAACUUCAUCCUGUUCAUCAGUAUUAUAAGGAUUCUGGUUCAGAAGCUGAGAUGUCCUGAUGUGGGUGGCAACGACCAGUCACAAUACAGGAGGUUGGCCAAAUCUACUCUCCUGCUGAUCCCUCUGUUUGGCAUCCAUUACGUUGUCUUUGUGUCUCUCAAUGAAUCCAUGGAAAAUUACAAAAUCUUCUUUGACCUCGCUAUCGGAUCCUUUCAGGGCCUGGUGGUUGCCAUCCUGUACUGUUUCUUAAACAGUGAGGUUCAAGGGGAACUCAAGAGAAAAUGGCGGAGUAUAUGCCUCAACUGCCAUAUGGCCAGAAACUACACCCAGCACAACACCUACGCCUCCAGAAACGGCUCAGAGAACAUGGCUCAGUUCCAACGUAAUUCUCGUGCUCAGUCCUUCCUGCAGACAGAGACCACUGUACUGUGAGGGCUGCGGGUAAAAAGGGAUCUGUCUCCAUUAAAACGCUAUGGAACUCUGGUUAUGGUUGUACCACGGUAUUGGCAGAACAAUUGCCACAAUGGCACUCUAGGAUCUUCUAAUGAGUUUGUCAAAAAAAACGUGUACCCCGAUACAGGGUUUGAAAAAAAAAAACGUUUUUGUGCCCGCAAUUUAUGGCAGAUGGCGUAACAGGCUAUUUUUGAACAGAAAUGAAUAAAUUGGGCUAUACUGCAGUAAUGUCAAUAUUUGUAAUAAUUGGUUAGUUUAAGUAAACAUUUCAUUACUGGAUGCCAGGGAGAAGUGCUCUGCAUGGCUCUUAUACAUCUUUAUCUCUCUCCUUCUCUCUCCCUCUUCCUGUAGUAAAACGGAUUUCACACUGUGGUUAACGACCAGAGACUAUAUGCUGCGCGUACGGUCCCACGGCCACUAGGGGGUUCCCAACCCAAAAACAAAAAAAAUGUAGGAACUCAGUCGGGGUCUCAACUUACUGUUGAGAGUUACAAAGUAGAAUACACAAGGUGCAAUUUAGAAAUAUGGUAGUGCAUUGCAGUUUGCCACUUGUCAUGUCAGUCACUGACAGUCACUCAAUUAGCCCAGCUAUGUCAGCUACAAUGUUUUAGAUUGCUGGGUAAGGUAGUCUAGCCAGCUAUCUAAACCCUGUAGUAAUCAUCACCAAAUUACAGAGCGGGCACGGAGUGUGCCGAGGGCCCCAAAAAUGUUCUCUUCACCUCAUAGUGAAAAUGUCGCAGUUUUUAAAUUAAUUUCUUGCAAUUCUACUCAUUUUGCCAUGGGGCGGAGAGAAUUCUUCAGUUUCAAAGGUAAUAUCUUUCAAUUCUACACAUUUUGCCAUAGGGUGGACAGAAAUGUUUUUAAUAGGAUAUCUGAGUGAGAGUGACUA